UAUAGACUACAACUCCCCAAAUCCCUAGCGGCGGCCAAGGACUACUAUUCCCAGCGAGCCCCGCGCCUGCGCAGGACAGAGCGGCAACAUGGCGGCGUCGGGUUCUGGUGACCCUCUGGACGCUAAGGAUGGAAAGGCCCCAUUCGCUCAGCGUAUUGAUCCAACCCGGGAGAAACUGACUCCCGCGCAGCUGCACUUCAUGAGGCAGGUGCAGCUCGCCCAGUGGCAGAAGACGCUGCCACAGCGGCGGACCCGGAACGUGGUGACCGCCCUGGGCAUCGGGGCCCUGGUGUUGGGCAUUUAUGGUUACACCAUGUACUCGAUAUCCCAGGAGCGUUUCCUUGAUGAGCUGGAAGACGAGGCCAAGGCUGCCCGAGCCCGAGCUCUUGAAAGAGCAUCAGGACCCUGAACCUGGACAUUGCCUGUCUUCAACCUGCCAGAGCCUUGUGGAGCCCUUCACGUGGCCGAUGCUGCCUGUGACCCCGUGGGAACGAAUGCCUUCUCACAGUAUCCCUGGCCUACUUACUAACUUGGGACCGCAAUUGGGCCCAAGAAGCAGAGAGACUGAAUUUGGCCACUUAGUGUGAUAUCAGUCAUUUCCCACACUGUGGGAGAGAUUGAGCCCUUGUUUUGUUUCCUUGUUCCUGAGGUAUUCGACCUUGGCUUUCCCCAAACUUCCUAACUUUGUGGUUUUCCCCUUCACCUCCCAGGGGCCCAAUUGUGAUGGGUUGGGUGGGGCAGCUCCCUGCAGUGUUGGAGUCUAAACUGGAAAAGAUAGAAUCAGUUAAGAACAAUAAAUUUGAGUCAUCU